CGACAACGCCAACCACUCUCCAGCAGGACAGCAGAGCCACUAUUGUGCCAGUACCAAAACAAUGUUUCGGAUGGGUUAGACGCAACACCUUCCAAACGCAUCAAACAACGACUCUUAAAACCAAUAGAUAUUGAACAUAUGAAUAAUGGUAGAAGUGACAUGAGGUGGAUCCAAUAACUCGAUAGUAAAGCCACAGUUAAACUUACAAAUAACCCCAAAAUUGGAUGUCAGUGUUGCAUAAACUCGGGGGGUGGGGUUUGUCAUCACUCGCCACCCGGAAGUCAGUGAUCCAUUGUGUGAGUUUGUAAACAAAGAAUGGCUGUGGAGCCUCGUGUAACUGGCAAUAAUGCUAAACCACUCGUGCCACUCUUCACUAGAGCUGCUGAUUGUGUCUACACAAGCUGUUUUUGUGAGGAAAAUGUAUGGAAACUGUGCCAGGACGUUGCGACUAGGCAUACAGCGGAGUUGCAGCAUUGUUAUGUAGCUUUUAUAAGUAAUGAAGAUCGAAGAGUGCCGCUGUGGAGGCAGAGAGAGGGCAAGGAUGAGGAUCAGGUCAUAGUCUGGGAUUAUCAUGCAAUUUUAAUCUAUGCACCCGACGAACGUGCUGUGGUUUACGAUCUUGAGAGUGCCCUUCCCUUCCCAACAUUUUUCUGGAAAUAUGCCACUGAAACAUUCAGAUCCGACGAGGCACUUCGUCCGGAAUUUCACAGGAGAUUCCGACUUGUGCCAGCAGCAACGUAUUUGCAACACUUCGCAUCCAAUCGAGCACACAUGAAGCGAGAGGACGGAACUUGGAUCAAAACACCACCUGAUUAUCCGCCGAUAUCUACACCAACAUGCAAGGAUAAUCUGGAUAUGUUCAUUAACAUGGAGCCGGGCAAAGGACUGGGGAGUGUGUUGAGUCUCAAACAGCUAGUCAACAGAUUUUACAGACCAAAUGUCAAUCCAACAUCGUCACCUUCUCCACAGCCUCAGGCGACGCCAAACUAGAUCAUAAGAGCGUUGCAAGUACCGAGAUCCUAUUCUUAUAAGAUGAUUCGCUUGGGAAUGUUGAUCGCAAGGGAGAAUUGAGCGACUUUGUGUACGGCCUAAGGCUUCCUCGAGUUUUGAGUAGUCGAGGGGUUUGAAGGGGUCGUACAGUGAUUGGUCUUGCGUCGGGCACAUUAAUACGUCUGAAAAAUGAUUUAUGCGAAUAGGAAAAAAUACUUUCGGCUUUCAUUUAGAGAAAUGAAACAGAAUAUCAUUUCUGUGCUAUUUCAGUCAAUGUUAAAACAAAAGUUUAGUCAAGUUAGAGAAAUUGAAUCAUUCCGAUUGAAUAAGAAUUUGCUUUCUUCUUCUUUAAUUGAGAAUACUUCGUGAUCAAGAAGGGAUAGAGUGGUUUCAAUGGACUGUGUAAUUAUGACAUUAUCUCGUUAAUGAGUGGUUUCAGGAGGAAUUACCAGAAGAGAUUUUCGAUAGAACGUUUUCUCAGCUUCGAAUUUUUUUUUGCGUUUUCCUCAAAUCACAACUGUUUUUCACGAUGAAUGCACAAUUGAAAAUAAUUGAUAUCACAUGUGAUUUUAAUCCUCGAAUCAUAAAAGGAAAAGUCCAUUUUAAAAGCAAAAAUCCAUUUAAUGUAUUCAAUUCAAAUAAAUCAUUUUCUGGACGUAAGAAGAAUUUAAUAUUACUAUUAAAUAAUUGAUCUACUCUCUUACUAAUUAUUCAACCCCUCUUGAUAAACGCUUGAAUUUCAUAUCUUUACAAAAAUCCUCAGAUAUUUCAAGAAUCCAACAAAAAAAAUGAAAUAAUUUUUCUAUAAACUUCAACUUCUCUUCAAUCAAGGAGUAUAACCCACCAAUCAAUAAGAAAAUAAUGAUGAGACUUGAGUAGAAUCGCCUUCGAUAAGUGUUCUUGCCUUGGUAUAAAACACUCCCUAUCCACUGAUUAUAGAAAUCUUUUUAAAAAAGAAAAUCCCUUUGUCAGCAUUUCCUUCUCUUUUUCAUCUUUGUUUUAUACAUAAUUUUUUUAAACAAUUGUCGUAUAUCAAAGACUGAUGUUAUUCACGGAGGAAAAAAAACAAUUUACAAUACCAAGAUUUUAUCUGGAAAUAUAACUCGCAUUGAUAUUUAUGCGCUUACUGUUGAUUGUGCGAUUUGAAAAAUAUUUAAAAUACGUAAAAUAAUGAUAAAUUAAUUAAUUGGUAAAAUGCUUGAUAAUUGAUUGGAUGAAUCAUUAUUAAUCAAUGAUGAUUAAUAAAUGAAACAAUUUUGAAACUCUUCGCAGAGAUAAUGUGAUUAUAUUACAAUUAUUGUAAUUCUUGUGAUACUUUACACUUUCUACUUUUAAAAUAGUUCUUAAUCAUUUUUUUUUCUCAUCUAUUUGUAUUUUUAUCGGUACAUUGAGGGACAUCUCGCGGGGUAUUUAUACGCCGGGUCUCUCAUCCAUUUAUUCAGUCAUUCGCUCGAUCAUUGAUGAUUAAUUAAUUAAAACUCUGGGGAGAAUUGGUGAACCUGUCUGGAUUGAGUGAUUUUAGUUGUUAAUUGGUGAAUUAUUUCGGUAAGGAGUGGUUUUAACCAAGCUUAGUGUGCGUAGUGUUCAAUACGACUUGAAUUCGCUUAUUUCUGAUGCAUGGAAAAUUAUGAAACUGAUAUCAAAUCGAAGCUGCUGUAUUGCGGUUUCCAAUUUUGUUUGUCUGGUCAAGUUAUUCUUCAUACAUUUGGAAAUAAUCAAUUUGGAAAGCAAACGGUUACACUCGCAUGGGUCGAUACAUCGUAUCAACCCGUACGUGCCGGUUAAAAGGAAAUGUCACAAUAUUUUUCUUUGUAGAAGUUUUUCUCACCUAUAGAAAAGUUAUACUGACAUUCUUUGAUACACCCACUCGUUAUCGAGAUAGAGCAUAAUGAACACAAAAUUCACGGUUGAGCUGAACAGCUUUAUCACUUCACUACUGGAUUAUUUAACCAAUGACCUUGCUGAUGGUAAAACGACCAAAUUCAACAUCGAAAUAAUUAAUUAUCAGCCAACGAAUGUUUCUAUAAUUAUCUCGGAGUCCCUGACAACGAAAUUACAUCUAUUUGUUUCUAAUUAACGGGUAAAAAUCGAUUUUAAAGUGGAGAGACAGGAAAGUUAGAGAUCGAUUUUUAUGAAGAUUCUUCAUCAAUGAGCGAGCAUAAAAAAAUUUCAUCACAUCAUUUUCUCUGACAGAACAGAACCAAUUCAAGCUUCUCCCACUUUUCAAUAUUUACUACUACUUAAGACCUCUUCAUAGAUAACGUUUUUGAAAUUACCCGUGUAACUUUUAUAUAAAAAUAUAUUGAUUAGAUUACCUUUAUAUGAGAGGUGCACAGUGUAUAUUAUUUUUCAGUCGGGCUAUGGAGAAAACGUCCUGAUGAAAUUAUUGAGUUGAUAAAAAUAAAAAAUUUUAAAUGUGGUAAAACUAUUAAAGUUGUUAGUGUAAUUAUGGAAAUAUCCCUAAGAAUUAAUGAUCUUGGAACGUCGAAUAAUUCGAGUUGAAAUCUCAUUUCGACUCUUAAUCUGUCCAUAACAAGAAAUUUGUUAAGACUUUUUUAAAAAGGGAUUUUUCUCAUCUACAAAAAAGUCUUUUAAUAUUUUAAGUCAAUUUCAUUGAUUCUUCUUGAUAACAACGUUAUUACCAAAAGUUUUGGGUCUAAACUGAAUAAUUUUACCUCUUGGAUACAAUAACAAUUGAAUUCCCCUCGCUUGAAUAAAUUUAUAAACGUAAAUUCGUUGUUCUGCAUCGAAAUCUUCCAACUUUUGACCAUGAAAUAACAAAGCAGGCAUGGAAAUUUUUCUUAUACUUAAGCAUGCUCACCUGUCUAAAGUAUUGAAGGUAUAAAGAGAAUUCACUACAAUUAAUAAAUCUCCAAUUUCUGAUUAAUCUGAAUCCUGUCGUAGUUUUCAGAUACUAGAAGACAAGAAUUGAAUGAUAAAACUGAUAACAAGAAUAGCAUUAGUGGAUAAAUUUUAUAUUUGUCGAUUUUCGACGAUGUAAUCUUUUUCAUUAAAAAUCCCUAUUGCUCUCUGCAAAAGCUAGUGCCAGUUUAAAUGAAUAAGAAAAUUAUGAAAUAAAUUGAUCAACUAAAUUAACUGGUACAAUGUGGAACAGAUGUGUAAACAAUUGCGUUGAUUCUUCAGAUGUUUAUUGUCUUCAACUUACGGUGAAAAAUUAUGUAAUAAUUAUUGAAAAGAAAACAAACGAACCAUCAAA